UAUGCCAUGUGGAACAACUGCUGUGGGUCUCUCGGCAGCACUUUCUACACACCCCGUAUCACUCUCCCCUCCCUGGUGAGAGCCACCGCUCUCCCACCCUGCUGUCCUUCCAGGUUCAGUUACUGCAGACAGAGUAUAUGUUUAACACCUACAAGGCAGUGGACGCGUAACGUUUGCGAACAUCUGCGAGUCCCCCUGAAAAUCCGGCUUGUAAAAUGCCGUCCCCAGCACUGGACCCUGAGUUCUGGGGCAAAGCUGCGCCAUCUCCACCUUCGCCACCACCCGCGUGGGGAAGCAACUGGCGGCGUCCGGCCCGAGAGCGGGCCCGCGGUGCUCCCGGCCAGGCCGCAGGGGGCGGUCCGGGCCCGGCGCCUCUCGCCCGGGCGCAGGCGCCGCCGUGGGCCCGCGGCGGAGGGCAGCUCGCCCCGGGACGGCGGCUCCAUGCGCUGCCAGGUCUCGGUGCUGUAUUUCGCCAGGAGCGCGGAGCUGGCGGGGCUGCGCUGCGAGACCCUCUCGGUGCCACGGGAGAUCACCUCUCUGCAGCUCUGGGAAGAGAUCGUGAAGGUCCACCCCAGGCUUGCUAUCAUCCGGGAUCAAGUGGUAUUUGCUGUUCGGCAGGAGUACGUGCUUCUUGGAGAUCAGCUCCUGGUCCUGCAGCCUGGAGACGAGGUUGCCAUCAUCCCACCAAUUAGUGGAGGCUGAAUCUGCCCCGGUUCUGUUAGUUUUUCUAUUGUGAUAUGGAAGAAAGCGAAGAUGUGCCAAAAGAUUUUAUCAAGCUCAAGUCUGAAAAGCUCUCUGUCGAUGAAGUGUCAGAGCUGGUUGUUUCACCAUACUGUGGGGCAGUGUCUCUGUUCAUUGG